AUGAGUCACAGAUCACAUAUCGAAGCAAUUGAUCGAACAUUAAAAUAUCUUAGGUGUAAUAAUAAGUUUAUGGGUGGCAUAACAUUUGUUUUCGCUGGUGAUUUCCGUCAAACCUUACCAGUAAUCCCUAAAGGUACUCGAGCCGAUGUCAUUAAUGCUUGCUUAAAAUCUUCCCCUAUAUGGAACUAUGUUGAAAAACUUUAUUUGCAAACAAACAUGAGAGUUUAUUUAUGCGGAGGGGACGAUAUUUUUCCAGCACAGUUGUUGAAAAUUGGAAAUGGAACUUUAGAAAAUGAAAAUGGUUACAUUUCUGUCGAUCACACGAUUGGACGGGUGGUCAAUAACGUGGAAGAGUUGAUUUCUUCAGUUUAUCCUGACAUUUUUAAUCUGUCCAAUAAAUCUUAUCAGUGGUUAUGUGAAAGAGCUAUUAUCUCUCCAAGAAAUGUAACAGCAGAAGAAAUUAAUGAUAUCAUCCUUCUAAAAUUCGAUGGACACUCACGUGAAUGUCUAUCUAUUGAUACAGUUACAUCAACAGAUGAUGCUAUUCAUUAUCCACAAGAAUUUCUUAAUUCUCUUUCUCCUUCGGGAUUUCCUCCUCAUAAACUAAAAUUAAAAAUUGGUGCUCCAAUUACAUUAUUACGUAUUCUUCAACCACCGAACUUAUGUAACGAUACACAAUUACAAAUAAAAUCGUUGCGAAAUAAUAUUAUAGAAGCCGUAAUUCUUACAGGGCCAGCGAAAGGAGAAAUUGCAUUUAUUCCAAGAAUUCCCAUGAUUCCCUCUGACUUGCCGUUUUCUUUCAAACGGCUUCAAUUCCCGGUUAAAGUUUCUUUUGCGAUUACCAUAAACAAAGCACAAGGUCAAACAUUCAAGUACGUUGGCGUAGAUCUUCGUACAGAGUGCUUUUCACAUGGGCAAUUAUACGUGGCAUUUUCUCGAACUGGAGACCCGAAUCAUCUUAUGAUUUUAAUUUCAACAGGAAAUAUAACAAAAAACAUCAUAUACUCAGAAGUCUUAUAAAAUUCUUAUU